AUGAAAAUACACCCAAUUUGUGAACUCCAAACACGAACCUUUCAAACCACCGCUUGCUGCUUAAGACAGAGAGAAAAAAGAGCGUCAAGAAGUAAACGGUCAGUUAUUGAACAGAAUAGAGCAAGAGGUCCGAAAAGAUCAAAGGAGAAGGGAAUGAAAGAAAAACGAAAGGGAAUAACUAAAAGUAAUUUUAGAGGAAUCAGUCGCAUCAGUAGUAACGUUGCUCGGGGUAAAUCGAAAACUCCGGUGGCGAAACUUAGUAAAGAUACUUAUGAAGCAUGGGGAUUUGGUGGUGUUGGUAGACGUGCUGCUGAUGAAAACGAUAAGAAUGCCACUACAAUGUUAAGGAGGAAAAGUAAUUUUGAGCGAGGGAGGAGUCAAUUUCUUGGUGAGAGAAAUGGAAGUAACAAUGAUGAUAAAUCGUCCAGGGCUGAUGAUAAUGAAUUUAGUAAUUCUCCGUUAAGUAUGAAUUAUUCAAAAAGGAGAGUACCAGAAGAAGAAAUAUCACAACAAACUUCGCUACGCAAAAUUCAAUUACCACCAAAAAAUUACCUUACAAGAAAACCGCCAACACCAGUCUCCAAAAAGACGCGUGGUUUCAUACCAGCAAGAUUUAAACUUCUGCCAAUAGAAAGUGAUGUAAUUAAUAAAACAAUCAUUAAUAAAAAACGACGACAGCGUCGAAAAGAUGACGAAUACGGUUCCAAUGCAGAACGGGAAAACGAAAAUCAGCAACAGCAACAAAAAACACGUAAAGAUCGCGAACAAGAAUUUGGACUCUCAGAACUUAAAGGUCGGAAUAUAACUGAGCUUAUCGCAAAAGUCAACAAAGCCACAUUUGAGAGUAUGGAAUUACUUGAUGAGGUUUACGACGCAAUAAUCAAAGGUCCAUUGAAAAAUAUACAAAACGUUAAACCAACAGAUAUUCAGGCGUUGGCAAUCCCGGAAAUCGUGAAGACUGACAAAAUUGAUUUUUUCAUAGAGAAUUCAAUCGAAAGAAAUGCAAUGAAUAUGAUCGAACAAUUAAAUUCAAAACAACCCCAAAAAAAAUCUCUGCGUCGAUUAAACAGACCACGUGCAAUAAUUCUUUUACCCUCGCGUGAACUAGUUGAUCAAGUUGCAAGUGUCUCAAAACUUUUAUCGCAUUACGCAAAAUUCCGUACAUUAGGUCUUACUUCACACACUCCUCGUAAAAUGGUCACUCGCGAAUUGGAUAUGCCCAUCGAUAUAGUAAUUUCUACACCGGCAGGUAUUCUCGAGUACACCGGAUCCAAUACUCUAUCAUUUGCCGAUACUCGAUAUCUCGUUAUUGAUGAAGCCGAUACAAUGUUUGACGCGGGAUUUGGCGAUGAGGUAAAGGACGUAAUAAGAAACAUAAAAAAUUCCGCAUACAAUCAAAAUCGUAUAUACCAGGUGAUUAUUGUGUGCGCGACACUACCAAAAACCGUGAAUCAAUCAUUAUCAGAAGAAUUUCCACGACUGAAAAGAAUCACCACACCUUCCCUGCACAAAUCAUUACCUCACGUUCGCCAAAUUUUCCUGGAUCUCGCCGAAUAUCAUAAUAACAAACACGAGGCAAUAUUGGAAAUUUUAAAAAUUAAUCACCACGAUCGAACAAUGGUCUUUUGUAACACGCGAAGAUCUGCGAUGAUGCUGGAAAGUUUUCUCUCCUCAAAGAAUUUACCAAUGAUUGCUUUGUACAGUGACGUGAAAGAUCGUGAGAAAAAAUUGGAAAUGUUUUGCAAGUUGGAUCCACAAGCGAAAAUUCUUGUUUGUACUGAUAUCGCAUCGAGAGGUGUCGAUACCACUUUUGUUAAACAUGUGAUUUUAUAUGAUUUUCCGACUACUGUUAUCGAUUAUUUACAUCGUAUUGGGCGUACCGGAAGAGCGGGAAAAGCAGGCAAGGUCACUUGCUUUGUCACAAAGAAAAAUCGUCGAUUGGCCGAAAGAAUUCGACGUAACGUUAGGGAUAAUAAAGUUUUAAGUUGA